AUCCCAGCAGCGAGCCCUCCCCUCCUGUUUCUCUCCGCCUGGAAAGAUGGCUGCUCCGGUGCUGCUGAGAAGCUCCGGCCCGCAGCUCUGCCCGAGCUUCGCGGAGGUCUGUUCGUUCCUGGAGCGGUACGGAGCAGUGCUGGAUCUGCCCGAGAUGACUUUCCCACAGAUGGAGCGGUAUCUGCGGGACACAACGACAGUUCCUAAACCCCUGGUGGAGCUCCAUGUGAAGCUGCUCAGAAAACUGGGGAGGUCUGUGACCACUGACCGCUGGGAGAAAUACCUGGCUAAGGUGUGCCAGGAGUUGAACAGCACCUGGGCCUGGGAGCUGGAACAGAAGGGCUACCAGGAGAUGUCCAUGGAGUGCAAGUCAUGCAUCCUGAAAUAUCUCUGUGAGUGUCAGUUUGAUGACAACCUGAAGUUCAAGAUGGCGAUUAAUGAGGAGGACCCAGAGAAGAUGCGCCUCCAGCCGAUCGGUCGGGACCAGCAGGGCCUGAUGUACUGGCUGCAGCUGGACCCCGAGCAGAACAUCCGUCUGUACACGGAGGAGCAGGACGACCUGGACGGCUCCACCUGGAAGUGCAUCGUCAGGAAUCGUAACGACCUGGCGGAGGCUUUGGAACUGCUAAAGGGCCAGGUUGAACCCAAACAGAGUCAGGACCAGGACCAGAACCAGAACCUGGAUAGGAGGGCAAGCCCCACACAGACAGGAGAAGGCGGCGAGGCUGUUGGAAGCACCAAGACCCCAGAGGAACACACUGACAGUGGGGUGGGGGACCUUGUAAAGGCAGAGCCACUCCUAACAGCAGAGGUGAAGCUGGAGCACGCCACGCUGGGCAGCACCGAGCUGAAGGAAGAGAAGACGAAACACGUUUCCUCGCCUGUCUUUGACAACCGCGUGAGCACCAUAACCCCCGUCAUCAAGUCAGAAUCCAGGGAGCCUGACAAUCCCAAAAACGCUGUGUCGGUUGUCAUGGCACCAGGUGCGACUGUUACAAAGCAGGAAGUGAACAAGGAAGAGGAAGUUGAGCGGGCUGUGGUCGCCCGCAGCGAGCAGGCCAAGAUCCCUCUGAAGAAGAGGGAGCUGAAGAUGGCCGAGAGCUUCCGCAGCAACCACCUGAACAACAGCAGCAGCAUCAUCGUGUGCAACCCCUCCGUCAUCCAGGCCAAGGAGGGCAAACUGCCAGGCUCCGCAGCACCCCUUGCUGCCCCCCCCCCCUCACAGCAGCACCUCGUGGUCACUGCAUCAAGGCAAGAACUGAGCAACGGGAGGGCACCUCUGCCCCCGCCCCACAAAGAGGGUCACAACGGAGUCAUAGGGGUCAUAGGUCAUGUAGGAGUCAUCCGCAGCCCGCUGGAGCGCCACAGAGCCCCCGGGGCGGAGCAGCAGGAAGUAAACGGGCCCAGUUUAGACCAGCGGGGGGGUGAGGACAGGGAGAUGAGCCGGCAGUCGGUGCUGGUGAGGAAGGAUGCCGCUGAGGGUGAGACGGUAACAGCAGCAGCCAGCGCCCCUCCUCUUCCUCCUCCUGCAGCCAUGGACGCUCAAACCACCAGGAAGCAGCCGCUGCCCCCCCUGAGAUCUGAUCCUCUGCCUGACGCUACAGAGACCUUCUCUCCACUGCCCCAGCCCUCAGUGGACUCUCACAGACAGACUGAGGACCAGGGUCACACAAUCACAGAGGAGCAGCUAGAGAGUGAGAGGAAGACUGGACCCAGCAGUCAACAGAGGGAGGAGAACCUGGAGGAGAGGGAGGAGAGGGGGAGUGUGUCUGGACGCCCUGUGGAAGAAGAAGGAAGUAAAGAUGACCUUGAAAAAAAUAAAAGCACAGGAAAGGUGGAGGCAGAAUCCGAGGGCACCUCUCAAACUCUGAGAACAGUUGACCAGGAGGAGAAUAAGGAGCAGCAGGGAGGGGGGGUCAAUGGUGGGUCGGCUGCCCAGGUCAGGGUGAAGGACGCCGGGCUGGGAUCAGGGGAGAGGCAGGGUCCCCUGGAGGAAGCCUCCUCUGAGCUCCAGAAGGAAGGAAUCAGGCUGAAGAUCAAGAUCCCCCCCCAUAGGAGGAGCAAGUUAAAGAAAGGGGGAAAGGAGGGGCAGAAAGAGAGGGAGGAGGAGGUGCAAGAUGAAGGGAGGAUGCUCAGGAGAUCCUCCAGGAUUUGCAGAUCAUCUGCUUUGCCAAACUGCAGGCCAAGCUCGAAGGCUUCUGAGAGCCAGAGAAAGAAACCUAAAAAAAAACAGGCACUCGCUAACAGAACGAGAGAGGAAGAGGGGGAGGAGGAGGAAGAGGAGGAAGAUGAAGAGGAGCGGAGCGUAACGUCAAAGAAAGACGGAAAAACAGAACCUGUUGGGCAAAUAAGGAAACGACGGGGUAAACGGAGGCACCGGCGCCCCCGCUGGUCCAACAUUCGUGUUAAGAAACGCAAACUGAACGAGGGAGAGGAGGUGGAGGACAGAGGGAGGAAACGAGGAGAGGGGGAGAGUGAAGAAGGGAGUGAUUCUGAAGAAUCCUUUAAAUCAGAGGAGAUCCCGAGUGAGGACGCCUGCAGUCACUGCGGCCUGCCCAACCACCCGGAGCUGAUCCUGCUAUGUGACUCCUGUGACAGUGGGUACCACACCGCCUGUCUGCGGCCACCUCUCAUGUUGAUUCCAGACGGACAGUGGUUCUGUCCACCCUGCCAACAUAAGCUGCUGUGUGAGAAACUGGAGGAGCAGCUGCUGAACCUGGACAGUGCUCUGAAGAAAAGAGAGAGAGCAGAGAGGAGGAGGGAGCGUCUGGUGUACGUGGGGAUCAGUGUGGAGAACAUCAUCCCUGAGGGGGACGAGGUGGAAGAGGAGAAGACCACCAAGAAAAAAGAUCCCAAAAAGAGCAAAAAUCUGGGGAGGAGAUCCACCAGAACCAGGAAGCACAUCAGCUACAGGUUUGAUGAUUUUGAUGAUGCCAUCGAUGAGGCUAUAGAUGAGGACAUCAGGGACCUCUGUGGAGGAGCAGGGCGGGGCAGAAACCUCACAGCCAUCCUAUCAGAGGAUGGGAAGGAGAGCCAGCGGCCAAUCAGAGGCCAGGCUCACUCUGCCAGGAACAGGAAGAGGCGGAGACUGAACGACCUGGAGAGCGACAGCACGGCAGCAGAGAGUGAAGACGAGUUCAUGCUCAGCAACAGCUCAGACGAAGAGGAGUUUGGUGGGUCAGGGCCUGAUGAUGACGAGGAGGAAGAGGAAGAUGCCAGAAGCGAUGUAGGCAGCUUAGACAUUGGGUCGCAUUCUAAACGGGCGGGGAGGGGGGCACCAAAGCCCCGCCCCAGCAAGACCCAGCGGCGGGGCAGGAAGCGGCUCAGACGGCGACGGAAACGCUCCUCAGAGGAAGAGGAGGAGACUGAAGAAGAAAUGGGCUCCGAUCAGUUCAGCGACAUGACUGACAGCGACGAGGAGAAAAAAAGGCGGGGCCUGAGGCGGGGGCAGCGUCAGCAGGUUAACUACCGCGAGACUUCCGAGUCCUCCGACGCCUCCCAGGCCUCUGCCAAGAAGGGGGUCAGACCCCGUGGCAGACCCCGCAAGGAGCAUCUUUCCAGCGACUACAGCGACGUCACACCAUCUUCCAGAGACUCAGAGGACGAUAACUAUGAAGACCUGGAUGACGAGGACAGGAGACGAAGACUGAACAAGAGGAGAAGAGAGGAGGAAGACCCCCUGAGGAAGAGGACGAGAGGCAGGCCGAGGAAAAACCAGGACGAGGAGGAGGAGGAGGAGGAGGAGGAGGAGGAUGAGCGGGAGCGAGGGAGGCGGCUGAAGAGGAAACGGUUAGAGAAGGAGAAGGAGAGAGACAAGAGGAAGAGGCUGAAGAGGAAGGACAGAGAGGAGGAGGAGGACCUGGAGAAGAUGGGUCGGGGGAAGAGGAGGGAGAUCCUGUCCCAGCAGAGACGCAAACGCCUCGCCCAGAUGCUGAAGAAGAGGAGACCUUCUACUGACGAAGAGGAGGAGGAAGAUUCUGAGGAGUCUGAGUCUUCAUCAGAGGAGGAUCGUCCAGUCCGCAAAAGACUCAACCGCAUCGACUCUGAUGAUGAAGAGGAAGAAAGAGGGGAGGAGGAGGAGGAGGAGAUGGUGGAGAUGGUGAAGGUGAAGAAGUGUUCAGAGGUGAAGGGGGGGGCCGACAGUGACACUAAGGAAAAGAGGACGGGCCGGAGCCUGUCUCCCUCAAACAGACAUCGGUCCCCCAAGGGCCCAGAGGAGCCGGGGGCUGAUAGUCCCGCUGCACCCAGAGACAGAGCAGAGCCAGGCAGCCACAACGGGCCCUCACAUCCAGAGGGGGAGGGGGAGGGGGAGGAGGCUAAGGGGGAGGAGGAGGGCCAGACAGACUCAUCAAACUCUGUCCAGAACAGUCCGCAGUCAUGAUGGCGUGUUUGUGAAUAAGGCUUUCUGUUUGUUUUUUUUAAGUGUCACGCCUUUUACCCACAGACAGCUGUGGACCUGGACUCCCCCCCGACCCCCUCCCCCCUCCUGUGCUCCUCCUCCUCGUGGUUGUAUUAGAGUGUUAGAGUGCUCUCACCGUCACACACUGUACUCCAGACUCAGGAGUACGCAUUCACACUCAUCCUCACCCCUUCAGCCUCCGGAGGCACUUCCUGUGUCAGUGGCUGCACUUCCUGUGUCAGUGGCUGCACUUCCUGUGUCAGUGGCUGCACUUCCUGUGUCAGUGGCCGCACUUCCUGUGUCAGUGGCGGCAGUUCCUGUGUGUAUGGCUGGUCACAGGAAUAUGUGUUGGUACCUCAUACUAAAGCACUUCAUCAUUCUCAUAGCACUUGCCGACCCGCAGCCAGAGCAGAGUCAGAGCCGAAGCAACACUCGGGCUCCUGAGGGCGGGAGGCUCGCUCCUCUCUUACUUCCAGAAGAUCCGACCACGCAGAUCCUGCUGCUUCUAUUUCUCUAGGUUUUAAAAUGUAUGUUGGGUAGUUGUGACACGCACACUCCUAAAUAUGAUGAUGUGCCGGAUUUUAUUCAGUUCAUGGAAAGAGUAGCAUCAUGAUGGCAGUUUGAAUUAUAUAAGGGGGGGGUAUAUCUUUCUGCCUGGAUUGUCAGAAAGAUAUACUUAACUAUCUGCUGGUUGGAUCCUACUGGAGGUAAGGUAGAACCUCAUGAAGCUCACGCUGUGCAGCUUUUGUUUACCUGCAGCUGCAGUAAUCAUUAUUUGCAGGGACUGAUGAGGGGUCAGACUGAACCCCCCCGCCCCACAUGAAAUCUUCAGCAACAUUCACGAUGCGUUCAGGUGCUCCUUGUCAAAUGGUGAAGUCAAAAUGCGUUCUGCAGAGGUGAACUCAGUGAGGGACCUCUCCCUGCUGAAGGGUUUUAGCUUUUCUUUGUCUUAGCUUGUUAUAAGUUCUCUGCCAGUGAGGUGUUUUAUACUAUUUUCUGUGGUUUUAUGGACUAAAUAAAUAGUUGCUGCAGCCCAGGUUCAUAUUUUCCUGUUUCUUCCAUCACUGAGUUUGGCACAGCACGGCGGCUAACAGGGAAGGUUCUGCAAAUACAACAGAGAGUAGAUCACACUGCAACAAUGUAACACCACGUUGACACCAUGCAUUGUCAGACAUUGGGUGGUUGAUCCUCCUCUGCGUGUCACAUUAUACUGUGGACUGCUCAUCAUCUGAUCUGAUCGUCAUGCAGCGAUGCUUCAGAGAAUGCUGCUGCUCUGACAUGGUUUUAAAACAAUAUGUCACUGUCUGCCCCUCCAAAUGUCUUAAAAAGCACAUAUGGACAGCAAAGAAAUCAAACAUGUUUGUUGGGACACCUGAACCUCCCCCCCCCCCCAGGAGGAUUCUAGGAGCUGGUAUUUAUAUCUCCUGUGUUUCCAUGCUUUAGGGUAUAAAUAAUGAACGCCUCAUUCAAUGACUUCACUUUACUCAAGUUGACCAGGAUCACCUGAACGGGCAUCAUUAACCCCCCUCACCCACAGUCAGACACUGUUGGAUGCAGUGGAUUCAGACCCCUCAGUCCUCUGUUGACCCCCCCGCUCGUUCAGCUGGAGUGUUGCUCCACCCUGCUCUCUCCCUGCCGGUCCACUGUACAGACUCUGCCUUGUACGCUGUAAGAUAAUAGAUGUCUGUUCUCUUAGUCCUCUUGUUAAAGAUAGUGUUAUAUUUUCUAUAUGAAGGAGAGGAGGUGUGUGGGGGUGUCGCUGCUUUGCUCCUGUUCACUCUGCAGAACACUGCUCACCUUCAUGUGGAGUCACACAUCUGAUUUUAUACCUGACACCAUAUUGAUAUAGGAACGAUAUUGUAGAUUUUUGAUAAAUAAUCAUCAGUGAUGUAACGACUUAGUGGGUAAAGAAAAAUAAUUAGAAAAACACAUUCCUGUAAUGCAGACGUUAAAUCAGGAAAAGACAACAAUAUUAGGAUAUUAAGAUAUCCCAGAUAUAACACAAUAUCUGUACUCAUGAUGAAUAACACAGAUGAACUGCCCAGACAUAUUUAGAGAUCUAAGAUGUGGAGUUUUGGGGUCCCACAUUUCUCUGGUGGAACAGUGGAGGUGUGUGUUGAUGGACUGGAGGACGGGUCCCUGCUGGGCAGAAUGGAACAUUCCGUCACAUGACUCUGACCUGUUGAGGACAGACGGGCGGUUCACCCUGGAGGUCUGUCACCUCCUGCAGAGGGCAGGCUGUCACUGCUGAUGUUUUAUUUCUGUCAGUAAAAAGGUUUUGUUGAGCUGAAAACAGAUGAUGUCCAAUCUCUGAUCCUGUUCAGUGGGAGUACCCAUUACUCCCACUGCUGUCACAUUAUUCAUCACACUCUUCAACACCUCACGUUUGACUUCUUUCUGCAAAAACAUUUCUAAAUUUCAUGGAGAUAUUGUAUUAACAUGUUUCCAUUACCUGUUUAAUAGACUUAGAAAUAUAUAUUUGUGAUUAGCAAAAUCUUAAUAGGCAUAAAAUCAUUUGAAAUUGGCUGAAAUUGAAACAAAAAGCAUGGAGACACUUGUUGUGUAAGUCAGUAAACAUGGGUCAAGUAGAAUAAAGUACACAUCAAGUUCAGACAAUAAAUUGUUCUUAAAAUAAAAGCAACAAAAGUCCUUUUUUCAGAAGAUACACACUGCAUUCUAGUUUGAUCAGAUAAAUAGUGCAGAUAAUAACUUCCUGAUACUGAAUGGUUUAUAAUGCUUCAGCUAUCCUACAAUUCAGUUUGUGCUAUCACUGAAAAACAUGUCAUUAGACCCAAGAUUCCCAAGAAAUGUCAUGAAUGAGUUGCCUCAAAGGCUGAGUCUCGGUAGGAUGUGUCCCUCUUCAGUUGGACAGAGACGGUCUCAACUCGUCCUCCAUCCUCUGAGCUCCCUCAGCAGGAGCCUCUAUUACCACAUGUUAAUUCUAAUAAGCACUGCUUUCAACACAACAACAGUCAGUGAUUUAUAUUUGGUUAUCGUAAUCCAAGUUAAAGUUGACUCCUGCUAUCUCUGGAGCUUUCUGGGUAAAUGCAGUUGUACUUUAGCAAUGCUCCUUAAACCUGCAGAGAUUCAAACGGUGAGAGAGUAAUUGAAUGACAUGUCUAAACAAAGGCAGAGGACCAUCACUGGUAUACAGUUGGAGGAUGGGGUGAAUCCCAUUUUAGUAAUAUUCCCUUUGCAGAGUGACGUCAGAAACGAUCUGAUCAGGGAGACCUUUUCAACAUCUCUGGGAAAAAACUUGUCAAUCGUCAGACCAAAACUAAAAGAUUUAAAGGUCUCCCUGAAACUGGAGAUGUACAUAAAAGAAAACCUUCAGACGAGAGUUUUUUUUUCUUCAGAUUUCGUUCCUUUUUAAAAAGGAUAUGUACUUGUUAGUGGGCACAUUACUGCUGCCUGCUUACUGGGUUAUCAAACUUUGAAGAACAUACUGAAAGAAAUCAAGUCUGUUCCUCAGAUUAUAUCAGCGGCUUUUAUUUAGGAGACAUUGAGAGGAAAUAUCUGAAUAUGAUCAGCCAAUUUUUGCAAUAAUAUCAGAUUUAGAAACGUUUAUCUUUGAGUCACAAUUACAGAAUGUGUGGAGAAGAACUUUUCAGCGUCCCAAAGCUCCAUAAGCAGGUUGAACUGUUGCUUUAAUAACUGGGAUAACUGGAACGGACUGGCCCUGCUGUCCCACUCAGAGAAAUGUUGGUUUGAGGAAUUGACUAAAAUAAAUGUGCAGAUGGUGGGAGGUUUAAUGACAGAAUGUUCUUUCAGGUACUUUCCUGUGAAUGCUCAGGUGUUUUGGGACCUCCUUUUGGGGAAACUCCAAAUACUUUAAAUAAAAUACUGUUCAUACAGGGACUCUGUACCUGUUUACCUUUUUAAUAACCUGUUAUUCUGAAGAUCCCCUUGCAAAAAUAUUCACCCCCACGUUUUGUUGCCUCACAACCUGGAAGUAAAAUGGAUUGCUUGAGGGUUUGCAUAAUUUCAUUUACAGAACAUGCCUACAACUUUGAAGAUGUGUUUUUUUUAUUUAUUGUGAAGCAAACCACAAAAAGCAUCAAAUAACAGAAAACUUCAGCGUGCAGAACUAUUCACCCCCCUAAUGUCAGUACUUUGUAGAGCCACCUUCUCCAGCUCCUUGAUGAUGGGUGGUUUCUGCUUGUGAACAGCAGUCUUCAAGUCAAACCAGAGAUUCUCAAUUGGAUUGAGGUCUGGGCUUUCACUAGUCCAUUCCAACACAUUUAAAUUCUUCUGGUUAAACCAAUCGAGUGUUGCUUUAGCAGUAUGCUUCAGGUCAUUGUCCUGCUGGAGGUAAACCUCCGUCCCAGUCUCAAGUCACAGGCAGACUGAAACAGGUUUUGCAGUAGAAUAUCCCUGUAUUUAGCACCAUCCAUCUUUCCCUCCACUCGGACCAGUUUCCCAGUCCCUGCUGCUGAAAAACAUCCCCACAGCAUGAUGCUGCCAACACCAUGUUUCACUGUGGGGAUGGUGUUCUUGGGAUGUGUUGGGAUGUGUUGGGUUUCCACCAGACAUAGCGUUUCCCUUGGUGGCCGAAAAGUUCAGUUUUAGUCUCAUCUGACCAGAGCACCUUCCCCCAUACAUUUAGGGAGUCGGCCACAUGCCUUUUGGCAAACUCAAAACGUGCCUUCUUAUUUUUAACACUAAGUAAUAUUUUUUUUCUGGCCACUCUUCCAUAAAGCCCAGCUCUAUGGCGUGUACGGCUUAUUGUGGUCCUAUGCACAGACACUCCAGUCUCUGCUGUGGAACUCUGCAGCUCCUUCAGGGUUACCUUUGGUCUCUCUGUUGCCUCUCUGAUUAAUGCCCUCCUUGCCCGGUCUACAGCUGUGUUUAUACUGACAGAUCAUGUGACACUUAGAUUGCACACAGGUGGACUUCAUUUCACUAAUUAUGUGGCUUCUGAAGGUAAUUGGUUGCACCAGAACUUUUUAUGUGCUUCAUAGCAAAAGGGGUGAAUACAUAUGCACAUGCAAAUGUUCAGUUUUUAAUUUAAAAAAAUCUUUUUAUAUAUAUAUAUUUUUCUCAUUUCACUUCACCAACUUAGAUUAUAUUGUGCAGAUCCAUCACAUACAAUUCAGAUUAAAAAACAUUUCAAUUACAGGUUGUAAUGUAACCAAAUAGAUAAAAAGCCAAGGGGGUGAAUACUUUUGCAAGGCACUCUACAUGUCUAGAUUUUAAACAGUGUAUUGGAAAACCCUCCUUAAUGCAGAAGCACAUCGUUGUUUCAUCCCAAAUAUUUCUUAUAAUUGAUGAGCUCACUUAGACUCAGAAAAACGCUUUAAAUGAAGAUUCAGAACCAACACUCAGUUUGUUACACCGCAUUAGUUUUUCUCAUGGUGGAGAGUUUGUGACAGCAUUUGGAUAUCAGUGAACCCCUCUGAGAACUCCCCCCCACCUGUUAGAGCAGGACGGAGAGAGGAGUGUGUGUUCAUGCCCCCAGCCCCACAACGCCCCACUGAACCUGGUGUGCCUCUGUGUUGGCACUGUUGCAAAUCUGUUGCUUUUUAAAUGUUCCGACCCAGCACCGUGCGAUCAGACGGGCUCCACUGAACCUGAAGGUGGCUCCUUGCAUUUCUCUGUUGUACUGUUACUGUAGUAUUGCUGUAACAUAAAUGUUUUCUAAGUUAUUAAAAACCAACACCCAAGGCAUCUCCU